GUCUAGUCUUUAGGAACGCGAACUCCAGGAUCGCUCUUGCUGUUCAGCACCAUGGAUAGCUCCCGGCUGCGUCUGAUCGCGCUUGGCUGCACUUUGCUUCUGAUCGCUGCUGUCUCCGGGCAGGAAGAUAGCGCUGAGCUGGAGACCAGGGCACUGAGGGACUUCUACCCAAAGGAUGCCAGCCCAUCAAGUGAGAAAGAGCUGCUGGGGGCUCUGCAGGAAGUCCUGGAGAAACUGCAAAACAAACGGAUCCCUUCCUGGGAAAAGAAAUUCGGCCAAGUACCAGUGUGUGAUGUUGGGGAGCAAUGUGCAGUCAGAAAAGCGUCCAGGAUUGGGAAACUAUGUAACUGCCCCCGGGGUGCAGUUUGCAACUUCUUUCUGCUAAAAUGUUUAUAGUGAAUUAAAGCCCUUCCCGGAGACAUCUGUGUGGAAGCCACUCUGUUGCUGAGGGGUAGAGAAGGACUUGGGAGAAGAUAUGAGCAAAAAUUCAGGAACGUUUUUGUUUUUUGCUCAUUAAGUGAGUUGCUGCAGCUGCUCUAUUUACUGUUCUCUCCUGCGUUUUGUUUCACAGUUUGCACACUUGUGUGGAUAAAGAAAAUAAAAUCAACUAUCUUUUUUGUAAAUCACUCUUUCACAGUGAGAUAUGGGCAAUGGGUUCUUGUACAGAACUGGUCUUUCAUACUGCUCAUUUUCCUAAUAUUAUUGCCAAUAUAAGCUUAAAGUAGUUCUACUUGCGUUAGGAGAAAACAAAGAGGUCAUCAGACCAAAUUAACAUUUUCUCACAUCUCAAGGGAAUAAAGAAAGACAGUGGCUGGCUGAAUACUAUAAGUUCCCUUGUUAAGUGAGCAGUGUCUUUGUUACCGCUAACACUGACAAUAAUAUUAGAAUUAAAUUAAGUGAUUAGCUUAGGAAUAAAUCAAGUAAUAUAACUUAUAACUUAUAGUUAUUAGUCAUCUUUAUCACUCAGUGCACAUCUAAUAGAUACAUACAUAAUCUACUAAAAUACAUUUUCUUCACAUAUUGAAAAUAUCUAGGCACCUGUGUCUAAGCAUAUAUCUGAGCUAUUCUACCCAUUUAUGUUAUCUUGAGUUAUCUUUCUUCUCAGGAUAUAUUGUUUGUCAAUGUAAAACACAGCUAGUCCACCAGAUACAAGCUUAAAAUGCUUAUGUCAACCAGGUCAAGACUGAGAUGCAUUGAAAUUGCCAAUGCCCAAGUCCCACACAAAAGGUAUGGCUGGAUAUUGUACAUAAUUAGAAAUCCUAAUUUUCAUAUUUAGAUUUCAGUAAAAUUAACUUAAAUGCAUUUGGGUUAAAUCUAUGAUGUGUUUGGUUCAGCUUGAUGAUGAGUGCUUGGAUGCAAAAGCCAGAAUCAAAUCCUGGGUUCUGUGUAUCCCUAGAGAGCUGGGGACACAUUGAAGGAAUAUAGUUAAAAAAUAAGGAUUUAAGCAUCCUUUCCAAUCAUGCACCAGCUUAAUCCUUAACUCAUAAAAGAUAUUGUUAGUGGAAACUAACACUGGAACCACUUUCUAGUACUACCAUAAGUAUUUUGCAAUUCUUGAAUAUGGUACAAAAAAAAAAUCUAUACUUUCUAUAUUUGUUUUGUAUUACAUUACAUUAUGUUUUGUAUUUUAACCAAAAUAUUAAAUACUCCAUGCACUGAAUUGUUCUAACAAAAUCUGUUGACCCUUAAUGAUCCGAGAUGCAUUGUAUAACUAUGGUUUUAUCUGACAAACAGCAAAAAAAAUGCACACAUUGAUAUUUCCUUCUAGGAUCAAACAUGAAAGUGAGCGCUCUACAGUGAAUAUGUUCCUUAAAUCUGACAUGAACUGAAUGUACAUCAUGUUAAUCCAUGAAAUCCCAGAAACAGGCUUCAGAGAAAAGACUUGUCUUGGAUUUACCAUAAAUCUCUUAUAACCACAUUACCACCGAUCAAAUUAGAUUGACAAUAUGUAGCCCUAAGGAUAUGAGAGCUAACUGGUAUUAACAUUAGUUAAAUUGGCUAUAGUGUGCCAGAAAAUGAAUUACAUAUGUCAAUUGGUAUAUGUUUAAUUAAAUUAGAAUGUAAUUUGUUUUUUCCAACA